AAUUUUAAUAAAGUAAUUCUGCAACGCAAUCUUAGUUUUAAUUGAAACUCCAACAAGGAUGACGAUGUUUCGUUAAUUUUAAUUAUUUUAGUGACUGCCAUGGACAUAUUCACGACUGCUGUUGCCGUGUUUUUCUACGGUGCAUUAUCACAAGCACAGCAGAUUUUAAGGGCAGGCGGUGAUUACUCCGUCGAUAUUCCAACGAAUAGUUCUGAGCAAGACGACUCCAGAGUACUUGCCCUGCUCAUUCUGGAAGAAAACGACAGCGAGGAAUCAGGAACCUUAGCCGAUGGUACUUACAAGACGCCGACAAUAAUGCCUUGGAUAGACGCGGCCAAGCUCGGUGAUGAAGACGAGGAAUUAGACACGUCAGGUGAAUCUAACUCCGACGAAUAUCCCGAUUCUGACACAAGUGAUACGGAUAGCGAAUCGAGUUUUUAUCACGAAGAUGAUUAUCUAAACGACGAAGUGAGUACAAUUAAUUUGGCUGAGCUUAAACACUUGAAGGAAAAGUCAGACUUUUUAAGAAAGAGGUGGAAGUCUUGCCGGAAAGAAGCGGCGAAGGUAUGCAGGGAAGCGUGCGUUGUAUCUUACAAGAACGCUUGCGAUGAACACGAGUGUGGUAGGAGAUUAAAGAAAACGAUGAAAAAAGAAUGCAAGAGGAAUUGCAAGGAUUUGUUUAUGUAAUUUUUUUAGUUUUAUGGUUUUUGUAUUAAGUUUCAUUAGUAAAAUUGUAGUGUUUUGUAUUAGGUUUAGCUAUUGUUUGAUAUCGUGAAACAUAAAAUAGUGUAGGUAAAUGACUAAUUUUUAUUUUAAUAUCCGUCUGGAUUUUAAAACGGUAGACACGUAUUUUUUAUUGUUUUCUUAUAUGACAAAAUAAAAAAAUACGUGUCUAAUAUUUUUUCAUUACCUAACUGAUGGACUAAAUAGAUUUUUAAUUUUCAUUCCCUGUCAAUAUCCCUAUUGAUUACAUAAUACAUUGCAAUAUGGCUCACUUAUUUAACUGGUUAUAGGACGUUACUCGAAUGGUUUCAAGCCAUUCUAGGGACCUAUAAUCAUUAGCAGCAUUCGCUGCAAUUACGGUCACCGUUUUUUUUGAACACUAGAUGGCGCUAAUUAGCAAAAGGACAGUUUGUCCAAUCAAUGUAGCUGUGUAAUUGCAUGACCAAUAGCGUCACACUAUAGGGUGACUGGUAAUUAGCGAACGAUAUUUAAACACGUGAUUGUACUCAUGAUAAUAGUCAUUGGGUAACACUUUGCACAAAUAAAACGAUGUAAAACAUUUUAUUCGCAUUUAUUUUAUAAUACAUCGAUAAAAUACAAUAUUUAUAACUGUGAUAUAAUAACAUGUUACACUGUAAUUGUUCCAAGAUCAUUACUUAUCGACUUUAACCAACUUUAACAAUUAAAAUGUUAAUAAAUAAUUAUACAAUGGCUAAUUUACUAAAUGGUCGAUAUAUAAUCCGCUUCACAAUGUACUAAAAAGUUGAAUUUAUUAAAAUA